UUGCAAGCCAGCAAAGCCAGCAAAGCGUCGUCCAAAACGGUCGGGUCCAAUAUUUUUGAUCUUUGAUCGAUAUUAUGUACACAACAAAGACAAUUGGUAUCUUCUUUCACGCAACACAUGUGGUGUUUUGAAGUAAAAUUCGAGAUGUGUCGGACGUGCCAUGUAUCAGUUGUAGCCUAAACACGAUCAUAGAUUAAACUCUCCAGUCGAACUGUUAAACUUGGUCAGUUUGUGUUGUAAAAACGUCUUUACAUCUACUAUAUCCACGACUGUCACUAUAUCAUGAGUACUUUACGAUUUCACGUGGCAGAUUACGCCGUGUUUGGCCUUACCUUAGUACUUUCAGUCGCAGUUGGUAUUUACCAUGCUGUUAUAUCAAAACCAUCUACAACCAAGGAAUAUCUUUUGGCAAGUCGAAAGAUGAUGAGCAUACCCGUGGCAUUGUCAUUGCUUGCUUCAUUUAUGUCCGGUAUUACCAUUCUUGGAGUACCUUCAGAGAUUUAUACAUUUGGCUUACAGUACUGGCUGGUGGUUGUGUCAUAUUUUCUUGCGUUUCCAUCUGUGGCCUUGAUAUUUGUGCCAAUAUUGUACGAAUUAGGUCUAACAAGCUCAUAUGAGUAUUUAGAAAGACGUUUUUCCUUUGGUAUCAGAAUAAUUGGGACAAUUUUAUUCAUUAUCUAUACAUUGUUUUAUAUGGCAAUUGUCACAUAUGGUCCAUCUUUGGCACUUGAAUCAGUUACUGGCUUGCCUAUUUGGGUGUCUAUUUUAUCAAUAGGAGUUGUUUGUACAUUUUACACAACUAUAGGUGGUAUCAGAGCAGUAAUUUGGAAUGAUGUUUUUCAAGCUGUUGUGAUGCUGGGGGGUUUAGUGAUAGUUGUUAUUGUCGGCACGUCCAAAGCAGGAGGAGCAUCACAUGUUCUGUCAAUUCUUCAAGAAAAUAAUAGAACCAGCGUCAGUUUUAGUUUUGAUCCAAAGGAACGAACAACGUUCUGGGUAAUGUUCAUUGGUGGGGCAUUCGCAAUUCUGCCUUUGUGGUCUGUAAAUCAAACAGCAGUCCAAAGAUUUUUGUCUGCGAAAUCUCUAAAGGAUGCACAAAGGUCAGUAUGGAUGGCGUUACCGUUGAGUUUACUAACUGUGUCACUAUGCUCGUUAUGUGGAGCAGUUAUAUUCGCAUACUACGUGGGCUGUGAUCCAAAAAAACGACAAGCAAUAUCCAGUUCCGAUCAGAUCCUACCGUAUUUCGUAAUGGAUGUGAUUGGGCACCUGCAUGGUUUACCAGGAGUCUUCCUUGCUUGCUUGUUCAGUGGAACAUUAAGCACCCUGUCAUCUGGGAUGAACUCUUUGGCAGCAGUAGUUUUGGAAGAUUUUGUCAAGCCUUUUGUGAAUCACAGAAAUUUGGUUGUCUCGGAAUCUAGGUUGACGUUAUUGUCAAAAUGUAUAGCUGCAACUUUGGGUCUGGUCACAGUCGGAUUGUCAUUCCUAGGUGGGACGCUUGGUACGAUUUUGCAGUCUUUUUACCAAGUUUCCGGCGUCGCUGGCGGUCCUGUGGUUGCCAUUUACUCAAUCGGGAUGUUUACUAAAUUUGCAAACAAAAAGGGAGCCUACGUUGGCCUUAUCAGUGGAUUUGCUUUCGGUUUAUUUGUCGCCAUUGGUGCGAAGAUUCACAAACCGCCGUUGUCCAUACCAAAAGUUUCCAUUGAUCGAUGCCCCGAUGCGAAUCUAACUACAACGGUCGCUAACACAACAAAGAUUUACGAUGGCCUAGAUAUUUACAAAACGUCCCCAUUCUGGUACAGUUUCUAUUGUUUUUUCAUAACAUUCGUUGUUGGUCUUUUGGUUAGCUUCCUGUGGAAAGAUGGUGAGCAAAAUGUUGAUCCAAGGCUUUUAUUUAAGUGGAAACGUUUGCUUCCUGCAAAGUUCACUGGCCAUACCGACGUGCAAAGUGAACAAGGCGAGAGUAUCGGACUUCAUAAUCAGGAUUCUGGAAAUGAACAGGUUGUGAACACAAACCAGGGCAAACAGAAACAUGCCGAUUCUGUUGUGUUGAUGAACUCUGAUUCUGUGAAGGAAAUGUCGACAAACUUAUAACUAUGCAUUGACAGAAAUUAUAUUUUUAGUAUUUAUUACUUAUUUGCAUUACAUCUGAUAAAACGUUAAGCAAGAUUUGCGAAAUUGGAACAUUCAUUCCUGUUCUCUAAGUCAUAACUAUAACUAUGGUAACCAUGUAACCAUUCAUUGCUGUUCUCUAAGUUAUAACUAUAACCAUGGUCCAUGGUAACCAACUAUAACCAUGGUAACCAUGUAACCAUUCAUUGCCGUUCUCUAAGUCAUAACUAAAACCAUGGUAACCAUGUAACCAUUCAUUACCGUUCUCUAAGUCAUAACUAUAACCAUAGUCCAUGGUAACCAACUAUAACCAUGGUAACCAUGUAGCGUCGUCAUCUACUCAAUAACAUUCGUAAUGAGAUA